ACUGCUACCAAACCUUAUUGUCUCGAGUAUUCUGCAAGGGGAGGAACGUCUUGGUGGCUCCAGUAUUAAAGCGUGUAAAUACUGUGAGAUUGGAAUAAGUAAAAAAAAUGUGAUAACGUAGUCUCGUGUAUGGUGCGACUAACGCUAUGAUAUUAGUCAUCGUGAAUUUGAGCCAACUUGCAAACUUCAGCUCUGAGGUGGAUUGUGAAUUGGUUGAUUGAUUUCGAGAUAAAGUACUACGCGUCAACAAGGAGUCUGCUGAUCUUCAUAAAUCCGGUAUGAGCAAGGACAAGGGGAAAUUUCCCGAGAGACUAAAGAGAUGGUUCAGGACAGAUCGAGGUAAUGUCCCUCCUGGGCUAAGAAUUACUGUAACGAAAGAACUGAUUACAGAACUUUCUUCAGCCUCUCCACUUGCUACCCGGCUCAAAGCUAUCACAGAACUGACUGAACUGUUGGCCACAAGGAAACUACCAGAGAGUGGCAUUGCUAAGAUAUGGAAAGAAGUGAAGGACCUGGUGGUUGCGCACUCUCCCGCUGAACGUUCUCGCCCAACACUGAAGAUGCUUACUGCUCUGGCUCUGGCCCAUAGUGACGACAUGGGAUAUAUGCGGCUAGUAUUCUUCAAUCACAUUAGUCUGAAUUUUGAAAAGGAAAAGCAUCUUGUCUUUGACUUCCUAAGUGGUAUUAUAUGCCAGGGAAAGAACAUUGAACACAUCGAGGAACGUGCUGGCUUAUUAAUAGUACAAUGGUUGAAAGAUCUUCUAGAUUCACCUCGGUCGAAUGAUGUUUUAAACGUUGUCAACAAUCUUGUGAAAUUCAACUCUUCGUCUUUGCAAGGGAAUGUAAUUUAUGGUUUUGCCAUGAUUAUUUCAAUUCGACUUCAUGGAGCGUUAAGCGAGGCAGAAGCUAUUUGCUGUCUUAAUGUCUUGGAAUCUCUCAUCGCCUACAAUUCUAUGCACUAUGAAGCACUCGACACUGUCCUUUACGCUCUCGUUAGGGUUGUUAAUUCGCCUAAAAUUGCUCAAUUAACAUUUAGGAUAACUCGCUCACUCUUUAGUGCGGAACAUGGUCGGACUUGCUUGAACAUUCUGUGCAGGAUACUUGUGAAUGCGACUGACGAGUUGAUUGCGCGAGGAUCACUCUUCUUCUUGGCUAAUGUAUUAUGGGGACCAAAGAAGAUAGAGACGUUGGACUGCGAAAUUGUAUCGCUAUAUCCAUCAAUAACCACAGCCAGUCAAAACCCCAGUAAACUAGUGGUUUUUGAGGUAGCCAUGAGCGUCCAGAAGUUAUUGUCCAGCCAAGGUACUACAAUGAAAGAAAGUACAUGGAGCGUCGUCCUGGAAAUGAUGAAUAAUGCCUAUAGGAACACUAUCAGUCUUGAUGAAUGUCCAGACAAAGAUUCAAUAUUAGAUAUUCUUGGUGACGUUAUGAAGUACAUAGAAGAGCUUAUGGAGGCAGAGACCUUUAAUGGCAAACCUGAGGACUUUUACGUUCUGGUCAUAAAGUACUCAAAUUAUCGACCAGAAAAUUCUGUACUCAGACUGAUGGACUUUCAGGCAAAAAGCACAGCUUCAUUUCAUGAAAAAUGGCUGAACAACUUAGACAUGCUUUUCAUCCAGCAUUACCGGCCGGACCCCAGAGCCAACGUUAAGAUCAAGGCGCUGGAAAUACUGGAAGAUGUGUACAAUACAAACAGGAAUAUCUACGGCACAGAGCUGGUGAGGGACGUAAUCUUGACCAAUCUGAAUGAUGCCGAAACUCUAACAGAUAUUAAGGUCAGAACAUGUGUUGCCAAGUUUCUCGUCCAGGUGGUUCUGACCCACCAGUCAGACCUCGUCUUGGAUGUGGUGGGCAUACUGGAGAAGGUUCUACUGGCACCGUAUGGACGAGAGGAAGUAUCUCCUCUGCGAGAGAGAGAAACUGAUGACAUUGUUAUUGCCGUUGAUGGUUUGAUACAAGCUUUCAAGGCUAAAAUAUGGACACUACCAUCUUCCCAUGCUAUUGAGAUAUAUAAAUUAUUACUCUCGUAUCUGGAACAGCAUUACUGCAAUAAAAUAAUUUUUGAGAAGGUCUAUUCAGUCAGAUACAUGAUCCUUGAAAUGAUCCUAGAGAUGAGAGUCGACCAGAAGUAUCAGAUUGGUUUUAUGAGAUCAGAUGAGCAUUUUGUUGGUGGUGUUGAUCCAAUGGCUCAAUUUUCGCAAUUUUCUCAGUUCCUUAUUUUGGAGCGCAAACCUCUUGAUCAUGAUGACGAGUGUUGCGUGCUGGUGCAAGAGGACACUGAAUAUCUAACAUGUUCACCUCCAAAAAUAUCCAGUUGGUUGAGGAGGAGAGUGAGAGUUGUAAGCUUCACAGGGAACUUUCAGAGGAGAGUAAAUGAGAACGACCAAUCACUCUUUUCUUUCACCAAGGCCAGAAGACUAAUCAUUACUGUACUCCAGCAAGAGAGGGAUUGGUUGGUGCUGGGCGCUGUGCUAGGCAUGUUGCUGAAGGUACUGGAGAACAAGAUUCUCAUCCCAGCUAUUGGCAACAGUGACUUGGAUUUUCUUGCAUCUGCGCUGAUGUCCUUGAUUAUGGAUAGAAGCCUGGGUUUACCAGCGUCCUUGUAUAAUGUACCAAAUGCAUUCACAAUGUCAGACUUCCACAGUCACGUCUACCCGGUGUUGACAAUGUUGAUCCCACACAAACAUCAUUUGAAACCCAUUGUCCAGUUGAAGAUAAUUGGAUGUUUACAGAAUGGUAUAAUAAACAAGAUUUCAGGACCGUUGUGUGUGAGUUCUAUAACACUGUGUCUCUUAGAGAUGGAAGCCUCCAUGGUUAAGGUCAUCAAUAAAGUGAUCUUCAGCUUCGCCAGGAUCUCUGCCACUGUCUCUAAUUCCCGGGCAAUGAUGGAAUUCCUUUCAACUCUCCUGCACUUUCCCAAUGUAUAUUGCAACUUUGUGACAGAACAUUACAAGGAAGCCUUUGCCAUUGCUUUAUCUUAUACCAAUCCUGAGAAGUUCAACUACUACAUAAUCUCCCUGGCCUACCGUGUCAUUGCUAUGUGGUUUAUCAAGUGUAGAGUGGCAUUUAGGAAGGACUUUGUAAGCUUCAUAACUCAGGGUUUAGACCAGAUUCUAAGUGAAGUGACGUCCAUGAAAACUUCGAGUUCCACAGAUAAGAAAAAAACAAAAGUGAAAGCCAAAGCCAAGAAAAUUCAGGCCAAGGAGAGGGAAGAGGAAUUGAAGAAAGCACAGGAUAUGAUAGACUAUUUCAAUGACUUGAGAGAUACCUGUAUCGACUUAAUGUCAAGGUGUACAGAUGGAGUGUGUUCACCUUAUACAAAAGGAAGCGUCAUGGAAGGAGGUCGAACUAAAACAUGGAUAGUCGGAUACAAAAUAAUAACCAUUUCGACGUCAGGCUGUACUCAAUAUGCUCUGAAAAGCGGAUUUUGUGAAGUGUGUGAAGACAUCUGCCUUCCGAGGAGAGGCUUGAAACAUGCUGAAACGACCCAGGCCUCUGCCGCUACUGGAACGAUCGAGACAUCUGCCUCUCCUGAAACUACGCUGUCUGCCUCUCCUGAAACUACGCUGUCUGCCUCUCCUGAAACUACGCUGUCUGCCUCUCCUGAAACUACGCCAUCUGCCUCUCCUGAAGGGACCGAGCCAUCUGCCUCUCCUGAAGGGACCGAGCCAUCUGCCUCUCCUGAAGGGACCGAGCCAUCUGCCUCUACUGAAGGGACCGAGCCGUCUGCCUCUACUGAAGGGGCCGAGCCGUCUGCCUCUACUGAAGGGACCGAGCCGUCUGCCUCUACUGAAGGGACCGAGCCGUCUGCCUCUACUGAAGGGACCGAGCCGUCUGCCUCUACUGAAGGGACCGAGCCGUCUGCCUCUACUGAAGGGACCGAGCCGUCUGCCUCUACUGAAGGGACCGAGCCGUCUGCCUCUACUGAAGGGACCGAGCCGUCUGCCUCUACUGAAGGGACCGAGCCGUCUGCCUCUACUGAAGGGACCGAGCCGUCUGCCUCUACUGAAGGGACCGAGCCGUCUGCCUCUACUGAAGGGACCGAGCCGUCUGCCUCUACUGAAGGGACCGAGCCGUCUGCCUCUGCUGAAGGGACCGAGCCGUCUGCCUCUGCUGAAGGGACCGAGCCGUCUGCCUCUGCUGAAGGGACCGAGCCGUCUGCCUCUGCUGAAGGGACCGAGCCGUCUGCCUCUGCUGAAGGGACCGAGCCGUCUGCCUCUGCUGAAGGGACCGAGCCGUCUGCCUCUGCUGAAGGGACCGAGCCGUCUGCCUCUGCUGAAGGGACCGAGCCGUCUGCCUCUGCUGAAGGGACCGAGCCGUCUGCCUCUGCUGAAGGGACCGAGCCGUCUGCCUCUGCUGAAGGGACCGAGCCGUCUGCCUCUGCUGAAGGGACCGAGCCGUCUGCCUCUGCUGAAGGGACCGAGCCGUCUGCCUCUGCUGAAGGGACCGAGCCGUCUGCCUCUCCUGAAGCCACCCAGGCUCCCCUCUUGCCUGAAACGACCCUGAUAUCUGAAUCGUCCGAUUCUUCCCUGACGCCUUUAUCACCCGAGAGGUCCUUGACAUACUUCUGUCCUGAAAGGUGUCAGCCAUCUGUUCGGUUUGAUCCGGUCCCAGUUUAUAUCUCGCCUGAAUCGGCAUACCUCCAGCCAGAGUCAAUACCUGUAUCACUUCCACGAAAUCUGGCUGCCCUCCCGCCCGAAGCUGCUGCUGCCCUCCCGCCCGAAGCUGCUGCUGCGCUCCCGCCCGAAGCUGCUGCUGCCCUCCCGCCCGAAGGUGCUGCUGCCCUCCCGCCCGAAGCUGCUGUUUCAGACUCUUCCUUCGGCAUCUUAUCUAUGAAGUCGUUGAGCCUUUCAGAAUCAGACUUGAGAGGUUCUAGAUUUACACAGUCAGGGGCACAGACCUGGGAUCCACACACUGGUCGUAGAGUGCCUCGUUCCUCACUCCCUGGUCGAAAAGUGCCUAGUUCAUCACUUACUGAUUUAUCACUAAGUGGUCGUAGUACGCCUAGUUCACCACUCCAGGGUCGUGGUGCGCCUGGUUCACCCGUCCAGGGUCGUGGUACGCCUGGUUCACCCGUCCAGGGUCGUGGUACGCCUGGUUCAUCCGUCCAGGGUCGUGGUACGCCUGGUUCAUCCGUCCAGGGUCGUGGUAGCCUGGUUCAUCCGUCCAGGGUCGUGGUACGCCUGGUUCAUCCGUCCAGGGUCGUGGUACGCCUGGUUCAUCCGUCCAGGGUCGUGGUACGCCUGGUUCAUCCGUCCAGGGUCGUGGUACGCCUGGUUCAUCCGUCCAGGGUCGUGGUACGCCUGGUUCAUCCGUCCAGGGUCGUGGUACGCCUGGUUCAUCCGUCCAGGGUCGUGGUACGCCUGGUUCAUCCGUCCAGGGUCGUGGUACGCCUGGUUCAUCCGUCCAGGGUCGUGGUACGCCUGGUUCAUCCGUCCAGGGUCGUGGUACGCCUGGUUCAUCCGUCCAGGGUCGUGGUACGCCUGGUUCAUCCGUCCAGGGUCGUGGUACGCCUGGUUCAUCCGUCCAGGGUCGUGGUGCGCCUGGUUCAUCCGUCCAGGGUCGUGGUGCGCCUGGUUCAUCCGUCCAGGGUCGUGGUACGCCUGGUUCAUCCGUCCAGGGUCGUGGUACGCCUGGUUCAUCCGUCCAGGUCGUGGUACGCCUGGUUCAACACAUGGUCGUAGGGUGGUUGGUUCACCACUUCCUGUCUCUUCAGUGUCUGUUCCAUUCCCUUCCUCUUCAGUUCAAGGUGCAGAGGAAAGUUUAACCGGUAGAGAUUUAGAGCCACCAGUCUUUACAAAGAGUGAAGAUACUUUUGCAAGAUUGGAAUCAGAUGAACGUGAAAGAGGUUUACCACUUGAAAGCAGUGGAGGGGCUGUUAGGCGUCGC